AACUUUUUUAGGGAUCUAUUAUACUCUGGUGGCAAUAUCUGUGUUGAUGAACGUAAACGUAGAAUGCUCUGUGUCCUUUGAAUACUAAAAGAAACUAUAUGACAUUUUAAUGAGGUACGCUAAUGCAAAAUACCUGGUGCUUCUACCGAAGAUACGGGUCCAACCAUGUAUUGGUGGAUGCUAGUACGAUGCUGAGUUAAUCUCGGUAGCGAGUAUAAAAAGCAUAUACCAUCAGUAGUUCCCUUCAGCUUUCUAUUGUGGAUCCACGAAAGUGUUUCACAGCAGUCGCACGAGGUAGGCGUUUUAUGCACGUGGCUCUGUAGCGGAUAAAAGGAGUCUUUCCACUUAUCACUUAACCCAAAAUCUUAUCAAAACUGCAAAGGGGUCUUACCUUGCACGAGUAUAGUUCAUCUUGUGUUAUUCGUAUACGAUAAAGACAGUAACAGGCAACAGAUUCAAAUUCCCUUUUUGUUUCAAUGGACACUAGGAGCCAUGGGCCAGAUUCGCUGUUAAAGCACAAUUAGGCUACACCGAUAGUUUUUUCCAGUUGUUUUAUUCUGAAGUGAUUUAAUUAUUUAAAUUGGUUCCUGUAUCGUUUUGGCUUUAUACAUGUAAUACCAAGGAAAAGUACUACAAAAUAAAUGUAAACCAGUAAAAAUAUUGAGCAGCCCUAAAUAUUGAACAGAAAAUAGACUGCAUGUCAACAUAUAGGCGAUGGUUAAAGUUACGUUACUUUGGAACGGCAGUCGAUGAGGUCCACAACACGGUUUUAAUGGUGGAAUAUAAUGUCUUUUUUGCAAAGUUUACUAAAAUAACAGUUUGAAAAUGUUCUAUAGAAUUGUUUUUGGUUGGUUGAUGGUGUGUGUAAGAAAUGUAGUUUAUGAACCCUUAUUUGAACAGGUCUAUUGACUGAAAAUGUAGUGUAAUACUUUGUCUUGUAAGUGACAUGCAGCAAAUUAUGCCAGGGAAAGAAGCAUGUGUGCAGUUUAAAGCUCAAACAAAAUGAUGAGAUGUAGACCAGGCCUGUUCAAUCCUGUUACCACCCUGUAGGUUUUCUCUCCAACCUGAAUUUUGCACACCUGAUUCUAAUAAUGACCUGGAUGAAGAGCUAAGUCACAACUUGGGUUGGAGAGAACCUACUGGAUGGUAGAUCUCCAGGACCAGGAUUGUGCAGCCCUGAUCUAGUCAUUCAGAAUACAAAUAAUUUAGAUUUGGGAGUAUCAAAUUGGCUGGUAAGAUUGACAGUUUUACCUGCCAAUAGCUAACUUAACCCAAAAGAGCAUUUUGUUGACAAUUACUACACUAAAUUGUUAUUCGUAUGACAAAAAUGUGACCAAAAAAAGCCAACGUUAACACUGGCAUACAGCUACCCGGGAGGGGUGGCCGUCUGAGGAUUGGGCUAGUCUUCUGGCUCCACUCCUGACUGGCAUGGCACUAGUGGCUUAUUUCAACCUCAACCCCAGAGACAGUACAACUUACGACAGGCAUGAGGCGUAGAUAUUAGCUUGUUAUGAGAUCACCCCCAGGGACAUGGUCGUCAAGUAGCAUCUGUGGCAGUUCUAGAGAGAGGAACCAGUGAGAGACCUGUCGCAUGCUCUGGUUAGGCCAGAAGACUAGCCAGCGAGGGAUAUCAACCACACCCUAGUCCACGUCCUAGGCCCUCGUUUUGGAUAAGGCCCUCUGAGAGCUUCCGGCUUAUAUUUAGGUGGUCUGCAAGCAAAUCCAAGCUAGAUUCCACAGCCCACAUUUUACCGCAGGAGUUUGGUCCGUCAGACACAGGCGGCUGGUUCUCCAACACUGCCCUCCAGCGAGGCGCCUAUCAGAGCCAGGGAGGGUGCAGCAAGAGGAGUCAGUGCCUCACGUGCAUGGGCUGGGGACACAAGGUGUAGCGGUUUUCCUCUGUUGUCCACAUAUACAUGUGCACCGUCGGGAUCGCCUCCGGAUGGGCCCAGGUGGAGCCGGCGACAGGUCAAAAUGGAGCGGCACUGCCAGCCGGUUGAGGGUGAGCAGCAGGGCGAAACCCUCAAACAGUAACCAGCAACACACACCUUCCCUUGUGAGACAGGACUCUGGCAGCACAGCGGGGAGGAAUCCAGGUCAACCAGAGCUCAGGGCACUACUAUUACGGUGUUCCUGCAGUAGGUGCUACAGAACCUUCUCCGGGAGUGGGGACGGGUGCGCGUCGUUUCCUCCGUCCGGCCCACGGUUGUGGAGUUGCAUGAGGCCAGGGUCAGCCAGGUAUCAUACCUCAUACGGGGGGUGACGCCAGUGGAUGAGGUAACAAAGUUAAGUUAGAACCCUACAUGGAUGAGAAAUUCAUCUCUCGUGCAUUUGCCACCAUGGGAGAGCUUGUGGUGGGGGUGAGAAUAAUCAGGAACAAGAUGAACUGGGGAGCGGCAGGCUAUUGCUUUGUUGAGCUGGCCGAUGAAGCCACAGCUGAGAGGUGUCUCAGGAAAGUGAAUGGGAAGCCUCUCCCCGGAGCCACACCGCCAAAACGGUUCAAACUAAACCGUGCCACAUACGGAAGACAAGGAGAGAGCCGAGGUGGCUACUCAGACAACAGGUACAAUCAGUUGUACUCAUACAACAAUAACCAGUACUACCAACAGUACCCUAACUACUACUCCAACUGGGGCUAUGACCAUAACACAGGCAGCUACAGUGGUUACAACUACAACCAGUAUGACUAUAGCAACCAGGGUUAUGAUGAGACUGAAGAUAAUGGACUGGAGGACCCCAUGGUGGCUCUGGAUGUAGUGGCAUCCAACAGGCAGUACAUAGAGGAGAGUGAGGAGUUGUACGAUGCUCUCAUAGACUGCCACUGGCCUACCCUGGAGCCUCCUCUUUGUACCACCACCCCUUCCAAGGCAUAGUAGACAGUCGGACAUUCUCAACCUCUCAAUGUGAAUAUGGGAGCCCAGUGAGAAGGUUAAAAAAGAAACAGUUACUGUUCUGAAGUGUCCUGAAGUUUUGAGGUGAGCUCCGCUAAGCCAACAGACCAGUGUGUGUGAUCCACGUACUCUGCUGCAGUGACUGAAAGGAUGUCCCCCUGAAUUUUUCUUUUUAAUAUCUAUAUUUUAUUCCUCACUCCCCCUGAUUUCUUUUGGGUUUUUGGACACUUCUUUCCAGUGGGCCAGAAAAAAAAUGGCACUUGGCACUUGUAAUCACACUGUCAAAUACUGUGGUGCUAGUUUAAGCUGCUAUAUUUUCCACAUCCCAAGUUUACUUUUUCAUGUAUUUAUUUUUCAGUAUGACAUCCUAUUCAACCUACUGGUUUUCAGUCUAGGAUCACCUGCUUCCUAUUGUGUGGAAGAGUGUAUAGUAUUUUUUAAAAACUUUUCUCCUUGUUAUACUGUAGUUUAAAAGCUAAGGGACAGAUAGGAUUGUUGUCAAAUGCCUCUUAUUCGGCUCUGUAAAUAUUUAUCAACAAAUGACAUUGUAGAGAUGUGUGUAUUCAUUUUCAAUACACCUGUAACAUUUAAAAUCAAUUGUCAUUAUAAAUGUAUAAAUGCUUCAUCAAUUAUAAAUGCUUGUUUUACAUAGUGUGCAAAUGAUAUUUGACUGUUAUUAUAAAGUGUAUCUGUUUAA